UCGAUAAGUCCGCGGUCACACUGACCACAAAAUAAACACAAAAUAAAUCACAAAAAUAAAACAAAAGGCGCAACAUUUAGCUGCAUUUGCGAACGAAAAACUAACGAACGCGGCAAACUUUACAAAUCAAAAUGUUGUGCAAAAAGUGGGAAAGCGCAUAAGCCAGCGCAGCCGCUACAGGAGAGCGCCCUUUUCCAUUGAGACGCAAUUAUGCAAGUUGCAGCAGCCGUAACAACAGCGCCAGCAGAUCUAACUGUACUCGCGUUGCUGCUAGUGGUUGGCGGUGGAGUUGGAGGAGGUGCAACAGUUGCUGGACAAUUCGCACGGCGCCCCAUCGGCCAACAAGGGCUGGAAAAGGACCGGCAAACGGAAGGAGAGCAACAAACGGAACGCAAUUGAACGAUAUGACUCAAAGACAUUCCGAACCAUUUUACAUAUCGCCCAGGCUAUUCGACAACAGGCGCCUCAAGCGACGCCGUGCCAAGUGGAUGGAGCGCCUGCGUGAGCACCAACUGAUAUGCAACGCCGAAAUGCGCGCCCAGGCGCUCGCCUCUAAGACUGAACGUGGCAGGCGGCAAAGGCAUAAUUUAGCCACCGCGACACUGCCUGCAGAUGUAACUAUCGAUUUGCUGUCAGACGACGACGACGAAAAUGGCAACGGCAACGACGUCAACGCGAUUGUGAAGCCGAGGCCAUGGCCGGUGCCGGCAGGUGCGUCAUCAACGUGCAACAGCCUGUUUAUGCAUCAGCCGAACUUGCUGCUUAUACCGGCAACCACAAUCAGCAUGCAUCACCAAGACGGCAGCGGCGGCGGCAGGGGACAUCACACACAGCGCAGGCCCCCAAAACACGGCGUCAUGCGGCAGGGAAAUGCAGCGACAACGACAUGCGUGCUAGGGAGGGGAAAAUCCACUGCCACUGCUACCGCCACGUCCAUGCACUCACAAUCUCUGACUGAAAGCAUACUGAUAACCAGUGACGACGAGAACAACGACAAUGACAUCGCCAAGUAUGUGCGCAGGCAGCACUCGAUGCGCUCGCCCCCGCCGCUGGCACCGCUGACGCUCUCAGAGACCGUCGAGGAGGUAACCGUGUCGCUGGUGCCGCGCAAUACCACCACUGCCAAUUGCCAGGCACGCCUACGACACUCACACCCGCCACACUCCGGCAACUACAAAGGCUGCAACAUACCGAGAGCACCCCCGCACACAGCAACCACCAAUGGCAUCGGCAUAGGCAUAGGCAAAGGCAGAGCAAGUUGCAGCAGCAGCGGCAACGAUGGAUAUCUGGAGGUAGAUGUCGGGAGCGGGAUUACGGCCACACUGCCAGACGAAACCACCGUGCACACGGUCAUUGCGAAUCGCAUCUAUGAGCUCUCGUUGAGCAAGCUGCGUGAGGGACUAGCGUCCAGCGGAGUACCUGAGUACACGCACGAUUUGCUGCCGGAGCAGCUGCAGAAGCUCUCGCCAGCGCUGCGUGCCAAAGUGGCGCCUCUGGUGGCGCCGUCACCCCCCACACCCAUAUCCCUGAAGCUGUCAAGCGACCUCAGCAUAUCACUGAUCUCAGACGACGACGAUUGCGAGAGCAGCAACCCCAACCACGCAGCCGGAGGACUCGGAGCCGAGCUGGUCUACCCAGUGGCAGCUGCCGAGGCGCACGCGGCCGCCAAGCUUCUUAAACAGCAGCAGCCCCAGCUGUCGGUGGUGCAGCAUCUGCAGUAUGCUGGCGGUGGCUUUGCACCGCCCGUGGCCUUGGCACUGCCAGUGAUGGCCCACACGGCGACCACAUCCACGGCUCCAUUACCGCGUCGCCGUAAACUGGGCUGAGGAGCGGGCCAGACAGACAGACAAAGCUGAUCCGAGCCGAUCCGAUCCCGACCCACAACUCCCCAAAAGCCAAGCAGCCAUAAAUCAUUCCCCCACAGCCGGACUCUCGUCACGAUGUAGUCGCUGGCUCAGACUUUUCCUAGCAUUUGCUAGUAGUUCAAAUAUAAAGUUAGUUUUUAGUAUUUUCGCGCGCCCUCAUGAUUUUCCCAGUGUACACUCAACCCCUCGGCCAAACCCAUUGAAUAAUAUUUUGUUUCUCUCUCUCUCUCUCUUUUUCCUUCGCUCUUGCUUUCUCUGUCUUUCUCAUAAAUUUAAGUUUAAGCUUUAAUGGAAUGAAAGACGAAGAACAAAAACAAACGUACAAAAGUAGCGGAAAGAAAAGAAAGAAAAAUAUAAGGCAGAUCCAGAGACGAGAGAUUUGUUUGUUGGAAGAAAAGAAAG